CUUCUUUCUCCCUCCCAUGUCUUCCACCAGGACCGAAGUCGUGCGCCGCCGCCCGCCUCCACCGGCGCGCCCGCUGCGACCGACCCCGACCCGCCCUCUUGGCAGCGGACAGCGGAGUUCACCACUCUUGGCGAAGCGAAAUCCACCGUACACCGCUGCCUCCCUCUCCCUGUCUCGUCGAACCAGCCGAGCAAGCCAACGCACACCCAGCGAUCCUCGUCGUGCGUCCUCCUCCCCCACGGAGGGAAGGAUGGCUUGGUCCGAGGACAUGGCGGAAGCCGACGAGAUGGAGAGCAGGGGUGUGCAGAGCUCGGCUAGCCCGUGUCGCCGCCACAAGCGGGAGAUUGGAGACGACGACGACGACACGGAGGAGGAGGGCUAGCCCGUCCCACCGCCACAAGCGAGAGAUCGGAGAUGGCGAGGACGCGGAGGCCUCGGCGUCGUUGUCGGCGUCCGCCGCAGUCCUCCCCGCGGCCGAGGUCGAGGCGAUGCGCCCGUUCCUCAAGUUAGUGUGGGCCAACAAGGGGGCUCCAUGUUUGACGCUGGCUCAAGAGCUAGCCUUGCCGAUCACUGAGGGCCUGACCUCCUCCGGGGCUCACCGGUUUUGUGCCCGCAUGAGACCCUCCAUAGUCUAGGCGACCAAUGGCCGGGCAGCACCCACACCCAGCCUGGGUGGCGCCCAAAGAUCAAGCGGGAGAUUUAGACUAUGAAGUUGAUCAAACAUCCCAAUAUGGUCCAACUGCAUGAGGUUAUGGCGAGCAGAACGAAGAUAUACAUGGUCCUUGAAUUUGUUGAUGGAGGUGAGCUAUUCGAUAAGAUCGUCAAUUCUGGAAGGCUAGGAGAGGAUGAAUCUAGGAUAUAUUUUCAUCAACUUAUAAAUGCAAUUGAUUAUUGCCAUAGCCGAGGAGUGUACCAUAGAGACCUGAAGCCACAGAAUUUGCUUCUGGAUUCAAAUGGAGCUCUUAAAGUUUCAAACUUCGGCCUAAGUGCAUUUGCACCACAAACAAAUGUAUGAUCUCUAGUCAGUAACUAGAAACAAAUGUACUAUCUAGGCACUCUGUGUCACGCAUGUGACCCGGUCCCGGAUUCAUGACCCAUAGUCAUACGAGUGUACCCUCUUUCUAACCAUCCAAGCACUCCAUGUCAUGUAUGUUGUACCCAGAAUGCACGAUCCAUAGUCAUAUGAGUUAGAACAACCCACAUAGUACUGGAUGAUGAGAUGUGUCUUAUUAUGACUAUGGAUGAGACUUUUGUGAUGUAA